GUCCAUUCAAGGCCGUUAGCUGACUACACUUUCAUGCUUCAUCGUGUUAGUCAGGUUAAUGUUACCACUUAACGUCAUCACCAUACAGAUACAAUGACAACUGCUCUUGGCAUUGUACUUGAUGUAGGAAUUCAUAUGACUCCUAAUUUUAGCGAGGCCAUUGAGUGCACUAAGCUGUUAUUAGAAAAGAAAGUAAGUUCAGAAGGUUGCUGUCAGUCUGUCACAUUUUAUUUAGUUUUUCGCCGAAUCAAAAGAUCAAGUUGCACUCAUUCUCUGUGGGUCUGACGUUACUGACAAUGGUUUAGCUGAUGAAGAGGGCAGUUUUCAAAAUAUUUGUUUGGCUUUCGAACUUGCUCCUAUAAGUUGGAAGAUCUUGGAAUUCCUAGAACCAAACUUAUUAUCACGCUCGACUGGAGAUGUUGUUGAUGCACUGAUGGUAGGAGCUGACCAUUUAUUUAAUCGUUGCAAAGAUAAAAUAAACGUAAAAGAAAAGCACCUGUUGCUUGUCAGCAAUUUAUAUGGUUCGUUUGAUGAUUCAGACGUAUCCAGAGUUUCUGAUAGCCUCCGAUCUUCUGGUAUCAAAUUUAGCCUGAUUGGUUGUGAUUUGAAGAAUGAUAGUAAUAUCUCACCUGAAACUCCAGGGUUACCUGGAACUUCCAAUGCAGUUUCUCACCUCUCUCAUCAUUCCCUGAAAACAAGGCCUUCCAUUUCUUUUUUCGCCGAACUUUGGGAUCAUUUAGAUGGAGAAUCAUAUGACUUUAGUGAUGCAGUCACUGCAUUGUGUAUAUUCGAAACUCGUAGCGUUGCGCAACGUGGUUGGAAUGUAAGUUUGCAAAUUGGCGAUUCGAUCGCUAUUCCAGUUGUUGGUUAUACAUAUAUCAAGGAGGCUCAUCCACCAGCUUUGAAAAUAAUGUACGCUCCAAAUCCUUCUCUUCCAUUGCGCACUGUUACAAAAUAUCGCACACAAGAUGGAAGUUCUUCCGAUUUAGACUCUUCUGGAGUUACUCGAGGUUAUCGGUAUGGUGGAACUGUAGUCCCUUUCGGCGAAGAAGAUAUAGCCUCUAUAAAACCUCCUGCAGAAAAGUGUUUCAGUGUUGUUGGAUUUACGAAUGCUGAUAGUAUCCCUCAUAACUUUUACACUGGUGAAAGUGUGUUGGCUUUUGUUGCGCAAACAGUCAAACCCUCUGAAGAUAAUGUAACCGAUGCUCCAUCUAGUUCCACAGCUUUGGCAGCGUUAACUCAAGCACUUUACGAGACUAGUGGUGUCGCUCUCGUUCGGAGAGUGUACAAUCAAACAAGUACUGUUAGACUAGGAGUUUUAACUCCAGAAAUUCAUGAUGAUCAGGUAUUACUCAUGUAUACUGAUAUAGCGUUCAGUGAAGACAUUCGCAAUCUUCAACUUCCAAGUUUACCAGUUUCCUGUGAGCCUUCCACUUCCACCAUAGGAUCUUCAGUUGAAUCUUCAACCACCACUAAAUUGUGUAAUGAUUGUCCAUCUCAAGAACAAUUGUCAGCUAUGGAUUCCUUCAUUAAUUCUAUGAUGUUAACUUAUUCAGAUGAAAGUGAUGAUGAUGAUGGUGAAAUCAAUAAGAACGAUGUUGAAAAUAACUCAUCAAGAAAAACCCUAAAACUUCAACGUAUAUCAAACCCCUGGAUCCAACGUUUCUUUGCAUGUCUUAGAAAACGGGGUCUUAAACCUUCAGUACCACUUCCAAUAUCUUUAGACCAUUCAGAUUCUUCCGAUGUUUGGCUAUCACCUGAAAUAUUCCCUGGUUUGGAGGAAAUCAUCACACAAAUCAAUUCACAUUCUGAAACUACAUCUUUAGUUGAAUCCCACAAUAUUCUGCUACAUUCAUUUCCAGCUCUUCGUCCUGCUAGCCAGUCAGUCGAUUUCACGGAAGAAUAUUUAGCAAAAAGACGCCGUUUGAUGAAUGAAGAACUUUACGCUUCUUCUUCGUCUACGAAAGAAGUACACACUGAACAUCCAACAGAAAAACCGACUUCAAGUUCGGAACCAACUGAUAAUUCAUUCAUUCAAAGUACAUCAGUAUCGAAUUCCAUUCAAAUAAACUCCGUCCAAGAUUUUGAAAAUCUCAUCUCCCAGCAACAAAUUGAAGUUGCUUGUAGCCUAUUGGAGAAACAAAUAAUUCAACUAGUGACUGACCCUUUUACUGAAGCUUUGUUGCGUCCCAGAGCUAUUGCUUACCUGCUCGCCUAUCGUAGACAUGCUCAGCCACGUGAAGAAAUUGUCAAAAAUGGUAAUGGAAACAACCAUAUUAUUGACACCACAUGCAACAGCAACACACACCUUGAAAUCGCUCGAAAAUAUAACUCAUUUAUUCGCAAUUGGCGCCAGGAUCUUAUCGAUCGUAAUCUUCUUGGAAGUAAUGCCUCAUCUGAACAUGCUUCGAAUGAUAGCAAGUUAUCGUUUUGGCUGGAAACAAUCACAAAAGGUUUUGGUCUUUUGUGUAAUGAAGAUGUUCCAGAAAUCGGUGUUAGUCAGUCGGAAAAUCAUGAGUUUUUGAACCUGGAGGAUAUAACAACUCAUUUUGUUGAGACAAAAAGUGCCAAAUCUGUAUCUCCCACUUUCGUUUUCAACGUUGAGCAUUUGAUGAAUGACUCGGAUUGAAAUUUUCUGCCGCUUAUGAAUAAUAGCCUACAACCACAUAUUUAUCAUGCCCUAUUUUCUUGAUCAUAUCAGUCAUAUUUUAUACCCUUUUUUGAAGAAACGUUUUAUUUUACUGAUUUCAUAUAACACUUACAUACUUGAAUACAUAUUUUUCAAAGCAACAUAGUUUUUGUUUCGUAAGCAUAAUAAAAAUAAAAACUCAGCUCUGUUCA